AUGUUGAAAAUAACUAUUUUUACAGCUUUAUUGAUAGUCCUAACUGCAAGCGCUUUAAACAAGGAGGGAGGCGGCUCGAAAAACAUCCGAAAGCUGUUGGACGAAACAAAUGCUGACAAAACAAGUUUUGCAACUCGCAACCUAGAGAGAAAUGGAAUAGAAUCAAAGGAGAAUCUGGUGAAUGGCUAUCAAGUUGGAAGCUAUAGCAGCAGUAGCAUGCAAGACAGGCUUCAAAAAGAAGAAAAAGAAGGAAGAUAUAAAUUCGAAAGUGAAUACAGCUCUGAUGAACAGAAGUUUGAAAACAGUAAUCAACAAAGUAACGCCUUUGAAGAGGAGGUAAAAGCACAGCCAAUUCUGAAAAACUCUGUGGAAUCGUCGUUGUUGCAGCUGGAUGAAAUGAUAAGUAAAGUAAAUCCUGGAUUAAAGGCAUCCAAAAGAAGCUUUGGAGAAACCGACAUGAUUGAUGGUGAUAUAAAGUUAGAUAAAGAUUCUGCAGCCGAUCUUGUGCAGUUUUACAAAAGAAAUCCUGGAUAUCUCAGACUUGACAGCAAUGAAACGGAUACACCUGCGUCUAAUACAUUUGACACAAGAAAAGUACUUAAAGACAGAAAGUGGAGAUUCCCAAUCAAAUACAGGAUACAACUUGCCUUUUCAGGAAACAGGGAAUUGGUUAGAAAGGCAGUAAGAAUUUGGCAGCGGGAAACGUGUGUUUCAUUUAGAGAAACAGAAACAAUAAAGUCAUCAGGAAUUAACUUCAAGGAAAAUAAGCAAGGGUAA